AUGGUGCUGUCAUACAUACCAAGCGUUCUUCUAUUUCCAAUCUACAUGGUAUGCCUAAUAUCCGUCAUGUUCGUCACCAAAAACACCUCAGAAUUGCUUUUCAGUAGAUUUUCGCUGCAAAACAAUUUAAUAAGAAGUACGUAUGAUCCUGAAGCAAUGAUCUACAUCGUUGAUGGUGCGGAUGACAGCAGGAGAAUUUCUGACCAUUUAGGCAAAAUAGAGUAUAUUGAUCUUAGAGACUGGAAAUUUUUACCAAAAGGUAAUUUUAACAUUACGGCAAAAAAAGGAUACAAUUUCGUAUUUUUGUACGAGGAUAGCGCAUCCAUGAUGCCUACAAAGGUGAUUUUCUUGAAACAAGCACCCGAUAAGAAAAUGAACUUUGCAGAAUUGAUGGGAUUUAUAGGGAACAACAAGGAGGAGAACGAUAUAGACGACAUCAAAUCGCUAAACACCAUGCUUUAUCUCUCGCUAUACGGAUAUAUGGACCAUUUUUCUAUAUCAGUGCUCAAUAAUGCCGUGAUGGGGUACAUCAACCACGAUAUCUAUUUUAUUAUACGGGUAAAUUCUCCAUUAACAAAGCUAAGAAAGGAGGAGGACGAGAAAGUGUUAUAUCCUAUCCUGGCAAGGCUAAUAAGAGCAACAAUACUGGCGAAGAAUGAAAACAAGACGUAUAUGGUACAAUUUCGAAACAAGGAUUUGAACAUCAAAACUUUUUUGUUUUUCUACACACGAAAGAGAAACGAGCAGGCUAAGAAAAUAUACGAAGAGAUCAUUAGGAGUGAAUUGAGCUUUGAAUUGCCUGAGGUGCAAGUUGAUUGCAUCAGUAAGUGGAAGAAUAUGGACUACGAGCAGGAGUUGAUCAGUAGAAGGAGCAAAAUUAGGUUUAUUGGAUAAUGUCAAUGUGAAAGGCUGCUGUCUAAUAUGAGAUCUGAACGAUUAUUGGUUAAAAAAGUCAAUUGGAUGGCUUUCUUCAUGAUAUAUGCCGGUUGUAUAGUUUGAGAGGAUAUUUAUUAGUUCAAAAGACAAGUUCUUCGUGUUGACUUGUUUCAUAUUCUUUAAAAUAGUUUUUUAAACGGUCGGUUCCACCGAUUUUGGCACCAAGCGCUUGGAUAUUUUGUGAGAAAUCCAUUAUUUUCCUACGUUUACUUUCGACGGGUUUAACGAACUUACUAUCACCAACACUUCUAUAA